AUGGCCCCCGCUGUUGGUAUCGAUCUUGGAACCACCUACUCCUGCGUGGGUGUUUUCCGUGAUGACCGCAUUGAUAUCAUUGCCAACGACCAGGGAAACCGCACGACUCCCUCUUUCGUUGCUUUCACUGACACCGAGCGUCUCAUCGGUGAUGCUGCCAAGAACCAAGUUGCCAUGAACCCUCACAACACCGUCUUCGAUGCUAAGCGUCUGAUCGGUCGCCGCUUUGCCGACCCCGAAGUUCAGGCGGACAUGAAGCACUUUCCUUUCAAGGUCGUUGAUAAAACUGGAAAACCCGUUGUCGAGGUGGAGUUCAAGGGCGAGACGAAGCAGUUCACCCCCGAGGAGAUUUCUGCUAUGAUCCUCACGAAGAUGCGCGAAACCGCCGAGGCAUUCUUGGGAGAUGGAGUGAACAAUGCUGUUGUCACCGUCCCUGCCUACUUCAACGACUCCCAGCGCCAGGCCACCAAGGAUGCCGGUCUGAUUGCCGGUCUCAACGUUCUCCGUAUCAUCAACGAACCCACCGCCGCCGCCAUCGCUUACGGUCUCGACAAGAAGGUCGAGGGUGAACGCAACGUCCUCAUCUUCGAUCUUGGUGGUGGUACCUUCGAUGUCUCUCUUUUGACCAUCGAGGAAGGCAUUUUUGAGGUCAAGGCAACCGCAGGAGACACCCACCUUGGUGGUGAGGACUUCGACAACCGUCUUGUGAACCACUUUGUAUCUGAGUUCAAGAGGAAACAUAGAAAAGACCUCUCCACAAACGCCCGUGCCCUCCGUCGUCUUCGCACUGCUUGCGAGCGUGCUAAGCGCACUUUGUCCAGUGCCGCUCAGACCUCCAUUGAGAUUGACUCUCUCUUCGAGGGUGUUGACUUCUACACCUCCAUCACCCGUGCCCGUUUCGAGGAGCUCUGCCAGGAUCUUUUCCGUGGAACCAUGGAGCCCGUUGAGCGUGUCCUCCGUGACGCCAAGAUCGACAAGUCCUCUGUUCACGAGAUCGUCCUUGUCGGUGGCUCCACCCGUAUCCCCAAGAUCCAGAAGCUCGUCUCCGACUACUUCAACAAGGAGGCCAACAAGUCGAUCAACCCCGAUGAGGCAGUGGCGUACGGCGCGGCUGUCCAAGCAGCUAUCCUCUCUGGUGACACUUCCUCCAAGUCCACUAACGAGAUCCUCCUGCUCGACGUCGCCCCUCUGUCCGUCGGUAUCGAGACCGCUGGCGGUGUCAUGACCGCCCUUGUCAAGCGCAACACCACUAUCCCCACCAAGAAGUCCGAGACCUUCUCUACCUACUCCGACAACCAGCCCGGUGUCCUGAUCCAGGUCUACGAGGGUGAGCGUGCUCGUACCAAGGACAACAACCUGCUCGGCAAGUUCGAGCUUACUGGCAUCCCCCCUGCCCCUCGUGGUGUUCCUCAGAUCGAGGUCACCUUCGACCUUGACGCCAACGGAAUCAUGAACGUCUCCGCUGUCGAGAAGGGUACCGGAAAGACCAACAAGAUCACCAUUACCAACGACAAGGGCCGUCUCUCCAAGGAGGACAUUGAGCGCAUGCUUGCUGAUGCCGAGAAGUACAAGGCUGAGGAUGAAGCCGAGGCCGCCCGUAUCCAGGCCAAGAACGGUCUCGAGUCCUACGCCUACUCCCUCAAGAACACCAUCUCCGAGGGUCAGCUCCAGAUCUCCGAGGACGACAAGAAGAAGGUCAGCGAGAAGGUCGACGAGGUCAUCAGCUGGCUCGACAACAACCAGACCGCCGAGAAGGACGAGUACGAGUCCCAGCAGAAGGAGCUUGAGGGUGUUGCCAACCCCAUCAUCUCCGCUGCCUACGCUGCCGCUGGCGGUGCUCCCGGUGGUGCUCCUGGCGCUGCCCCCGGCGGUGCUGCCCCUGGUGGCGCUGGUUUCCGCAACGACGGUGUCGUUGAGGAGAACGAGGAGCUCGACUAA